UCACAACUCAUUUCGGCACGUUCAGCUCAAAAUUCGAAAGGAAAUUAGGAAAUAUAACAAUUAAACAAAAUCGGAAUUGUCCGAUCCACUCGACAAUAGCCGCCGCCAUAGCUGAAAAAUGAAUCUAUUGCGCAGCUUGCGUACAUCCCUCAAUGAGUUCUUUUAUCACAAUUAUCCUUUCAUAUCCUUAUGCAGCUGCUUGGUGGCCCUGCUGACAGCCUACCUGCACUAUGAAUGGAAGGUGCACGACUACGAUCUGAUGUCCUGGAAGCAGCUGACCGAGGCGUGCUGCUCCACGGAUGUAGACAUCUUUCAACUGAUCGUCCUGCUCACCAUUCUGCUGAUCAACAUCGUCUUCGUGGGCUUCAUCAUUGCCGCUUACAUGCGACCGUUGGGCCAGCGUGACACGGAACUGACAUUGCUCGAGAUCAAAGAUCGCUUUGCCCGUUUCAUACUGCUGCGUCUGAUUGCGCGACUCGAUCGCAUCCAGAGCAAGCUGGCCGCGAAGCGCAAGACACUCAGCCUACAGCAUUUUACACGCGCCCAUCACAGCAUGGUCAAGGCGGUGGCUGUGUUCCGCAAGGAUGCGCGCAAAUUGUUGCUGCCAAACGAGUCCGAGAUCAUGCAGCCCAUCGAGGAUAUUUAUGGCGUUGCCGACGAUGAGGAGCGCGCGCUGCGCCGCGACGGCUAUUACAAGCUGCCAAUCGACACGACCGAUGCCACGGUCAAGGGCUUGUUUAGUGCGCAGUGAAUGCAAACCAUAUUAGCGAUAGCGAUAACGAUAACAAUUGCGAUAUCGAUACCGAUAUCGAUUUUUACGUCAUUUGCAAAUCCGAUUUUGUUUAACUAAGUCCCCCAAUAAAGCAAAUUCUUUAAAAGGGAUACUUCGGGGACUUGGAAAAUGUCUAUC